AUGAUGCGCUCAACAAGCUUCGUGGGUGUUGUUGUCGUUGGUAUUCUCCUGGCCCUCGGCGCCCAUGAGGCCUGUUGCGCUUCGAAUUCUACCAUCGUGUUUGGCAUGUCGGCGCCGCGCAACACCGCCACGCAUCCAGCCGCCCACUUGGCCGUCCAAUUCGCGUCGGGCAUUAACCUGGCCUUCAAGGAGGUGAACGAGAAGUACGGCGGGGUGAACGGGCAUCAGCUCGUGCUACUGGUGCAAGAAGACAACAACACCCUCGCGAAUACCAUGGCCAACGUUGCAAACAUGAUAGACAACCUGAGCGUCUUCGCCAUCGCCGGGGUCAUUGGUGCAGAGCAGUCGCAAGGAGCGGCGUACGUGUGCGCCCAAAAGAACACCCCUCUCAUUGGCCCGUACGCGGGCAACUACAACCUCUACGCCCCCUUCAACAGAUUGUUCGUCAACGUGCGGGCAAGUUAUGCCGACGAAGUCAACACUAUGCUCAGCUUCCUCAGCACCGAGCUGCAGCUCACCAAGGUUGCAGCGUUUUACCAGAACGAGAGCAUCGCCCUGUUCGGCUUCAGCAACCUCACCCUCGCCUUCAACCUGUUCGGCCUUCAGGGAGUGUAUGACAAGAAUGCGGCAGUCAGUGCUCAAACCAUCGGUCCAGCCGUUCAGGAUGUCUACGCCAAUGGUACAGCCCAGCCCGAAGGUAUUGUCUGUUUCGGCUCUUUCGCGCAAAUCGUCAUGUUCAUCAGUAUGUGGCGGAACCUCAGCUCGACCAGUGGGUGCCUGCAAUGUCGUGACACCUACUUCGUCGUAGGUCCUGAGUUGUUCUCCGGUUUCCUGCAACUACAAGGCAUCACACCCACCCGGCCCGACGGAGCGCUCGCCCUGUACGUCACUCAGGUGGUCCCGUUCCCCGACCCAGCUCAGGCGAAGCCCAAGAUCGUGGCCGAGUACAUCAGCACCAAGGACGCGAGCUCGGAAAGUAACACAACGGCCUCCUUCACUGAGCUAGAGGGUUACCUCGUGGGUCGCGUCAUUGUCGACACUCUUUUCCGCUUGCGCUCUCGCGAUUCCACGACGUGGGGCACCUCGCCGAACUUCGACACGUCGACCGCGGCGGCCAGGGCGGUUCUGCGCCAGCUCUUCUUGGAGACCAUUUACGACGUCACCAACACGCUUAACAUCGCUGGGUACCCGAGCUUGAGUGGGUGGAGUGUGUACAUGACUGCCCUGGCUGGGAAUUACACCUACGUGCCCGUUGCGGACGGCGACUUCUCCUUCCCGGAGGUGUGUGGCAGCCAGACAUCCGACGUGGCCCGCCCCCUGAUCUUCGGUCAGUCGGCCGACUUCUCUUCCAGUACCAUUCCCACCACUCGCAACACGCAACACGCUGUGCUCACCUUGGUGACAGGCGACAAGGCAGUGGUGGCCCACAGAGUGCGGGCCGGCAUUCUGGCGGCAUUCGCCGGACGUAACGCGAGACAGAACGGCUACAACGGCCGCAAGCUGCGCCUCAUUUCCACCGACGAUCAGGGCAACAGCGCCCGUGCCGCCGCAAACGUCAACACGCUGGUCAACGAAAACGCCGUGUUCGGAAUCAUGGGAAGCGUUGGCGACAGCACGGUGACGGCUGUGACGGAUCUGGUGACCAGCCUCCAGGUGCCCAUGGUCGGGCCGAUCUCCGGCUCGCCCGACCUGCGCGAACCGUGGCGCGAGAAUGUGGUCAACAUUCGCGCCUCGGUCGUCGACGAAACGAAGCUGCUGGUGAACCACAUGGUGACCGGCCUCGGCAUGGUCCGCGCGAUGGCGCUCUGGUCGGACGACGCCACCGGCGCCAAUGGGCUCAAGGCUCUCAGCGACUCGCUGCGCGUCUUCGGCGCCAACGUCGUCGCCAACGCCUCAUACAACCCGGCCACGGGCAACGUCGCGCAAGCUUUCGCCUGGCUCGAUGCGGCCUCAAACAGCCUUGGUCUGGCCCCUCAGGCCAUCUUCCUCUACGGCACCCAGAACCCGGUGGCGCAGUUCAUUGUGCAGGCGCACUCGCGCUGGCCCAGCGCUGCCUUCUUUGCCACUUCUUCAGCCUCAGCCGAUGGCCUAAGUCAAACUGUACUUGAGCUCGGUGACACCGAACCCAUGGGACACCAGCCUUCCCCUGGUCGCGCAGUGCUCGACCUCCUGCCCGCUACCAGCAACCCGACCGGUCAGCAGUUUCUAGACGCCAUCUAUUCGCGCGAGCUCGUCGCCUUCCAGGGACUCCGUCUGGGUCCCUUCGGCAACACUGUGUGCACCAGGAACACGAUGGCGUGCAAGUGCAACCAGGGCCUGCACACGACGUGGACGACUAAGAUGAAUGCUACCUACGGUUGGGAGAACCUCCCCAAUAAUACCCUCGAGUGGACCACCUGCACGUCCACCUCCACUUGCGGCGACGGCGUAUGUCAUGAGGGAUCGGGUGAGACCGCUGCCUCGUGCCCGCAGGACUGCAGUCCUUGCGGCCCCUAUCCGUCGGCCAGCCACCAGGCCAAGCUGGAGGUCGGUGGAGCUGCGCUGAUUGUGACGGGCGAUCUCCGGAUGCAGGCGUCGUCGUCACUCCACGUGAACGCAACCAGCAGAGACUCCUACGGUUCCAUCACUGCUCUGGGGUGUGGAGCUGUGUCUGGCACGCUCGAGCUGAACAUCUACUUCCCUAUCGACGCGCCCAUCACCUUCACCCUGAUCUCGGCGUCCAAUGGCCCGUGCAGCUCUCACAUCUCAACAGCCCAGACAGGAGGGGAGAAGAGGGGGCCGACGCUAGCCUUCCGCGAGGUGCAGAUCAACUACCGGCGGCAGGAGGCGGGCCAGUGCGACCCGGAAUCGGAGACCCGGAGCACGUCAACCUCCUACGCGGUGCUGGUCACGCCCAGCACCAGCUGUGGCGACGACACCGCGGCCCUCAUCGCCGGCCUCACCGCAGGUCUAGUUGGCGGGGCUGUGGUGGUUGUGGUGCUGGUUGUCGUUGGCGCGGUGGCGUGGACCUGGUGGGUACGGAGGAGGCGCAUCAACGUGCGCGACAGCGUCAACUUCAGCAUCACCGACCCCAAUGACGGCUUGUGA